AUGGGCAAGAAGAAGUCCAAGACGACGCUCCCCUCCGACGACCUGGAGGCUAGUGCCUCGGAAAGCCUGCUUCCAUCCUCUGACGCGGAAUAUCAUCGCCUGGAGAAGCAUGAGAGUGCUGUGCUCCGUCGACAGCGUAGCAAGUCGCGCAGGAUCUGGUGCGCCAUCAUCGCUCUGACCACAGGCAUCCUCGGGUUCAUCGCCGUUCUGGCCAUCCUACGCGCCGUGGAGGACGCUAGCCACCUCUCGCCCACCAAGCGACCGAUGUUCCCGACGCAAUAUGAAGCCAGCGUCAACUUCAAUAUGCCAUACAUGAACAUGGUAGAGCCUCUGUACGUCCACGUGGACGAAGCCAAAGGUCUGCAGAAGCUCAGCUACUAUGGAGGCACCGACGUGUACAUCUUCAACACCAGUGGAACCAGCUACCAGAUCAUCCCGGUCAUUCGUGAACGCAAAUGCUUCAAGUUUGGAUCAGAGUCGUUGCAGCACAUUUUCCCCAAUAUGACGCUCUUCGAACCCCAACACGGCGUGUUCUUAGUGGAAGGUCGACCGUGCUUCAGCUGGAAAUUCGUCACCAAACUCCAUGAACCUACGCAAGAUGGAUUGUUGGGAGAGUACACGCUGUAUGUGGAUCAAAAGACUGAACGUCCAGUACGAUUCCAUUAUGUGGGACGCAACGGAAUGCUUGGUGGCAGCCACAUUGAUGAAUACUAUCUGGACUACAUCUACGUGCGCGAAGGUCCAGUGGACGAGGAUAUUUUCUCGUUUCUGCCAGCUUCAAUGAACUGCACAGAGAGGCCCGGUGACGAUGGAGGUCCGUCGCGCAAUCCCAAACAAGAUAUUCACAUGCUCCUGCCUGAAGGCUCAACAGUGAAGAAGGAGCUCUUCGACAACUUCUCUGCGAGUCAUGAUAAGGAGUAUAACGAUGACGCUGAGGCUGUUCAACGCAUGGCAACGUUCCAUCAUAACCUGCGUUUCAUCAAUGGAGAGAAUCGCAAGGGGCUGCCGUAUCACCUGGAAGUGAAUAAGUUCGCUGAUCUAAGCCACGAAGAGAGGCUGGCACUGCAUCGCCCGUCGCGAGUUAAACGCGCCAAGGAUAACGGUGCUAUGGCUGUGCACGAGCUUACGAGUUUCGAGGACCCUGGAGACAUGGACUGGAGGACGAAGGGAGCUGUCACGCCGGUGAAGGACCAAGGUGCUUGUGGGUCUUGCUGGACGUUCGGCACGACUGGCGCUUUGGAGGGUGCUCUGUUCGCUCAACAGAAAAAGCUGUACAAUAUGUCCCAACAGAACCUCCUGGACUGCUCAUGGGACUAUGGCAACAACGCGUGCGACGGAGGCUUAGACUACCAGGCGUAUGAGUGGAUCAUGGCCAAUGGUGGACUCGAAACCACCGCAACGUAUGGAGCGUAUCGCAACGCACCAGACUACUGUCACUUCAACGUCGACAAUGCGAUCGGACGCAUGAAAGGCUUUGUCAAUGUCACGAGCGUGCAAGCUCUCAAUGAUGCAUUGGCGACGAUCGGUCCGCUGUCCGUGUCCAUCGAUGCGUCGCUGCCGUCCUUCUACUUUUAUGGCGGCGGCUACUACGACGAUGUUGAGUGCAAGAGCGACCUGGACAGCCUCGACCACUCGGUUCUUGCGGUCGGAGUCACCACACACAACGGCCAGAAGUACACGCUGGUUAAGAACUCGUGGAGCACGCAUUGGGGUGAGGACGGCUACAUCAAGAUCACGCAGAAGGACAACCUGUGCGGUGUUGCCACCGCUGCCACCUACCCGGUGCUUGCUGACUGA